UUGACAUUGGCAAUUCUCGUAUCGCAUCCGAAAGUACCGCCAUUUGUUCUGCGGAAUUAUGACAUUUUUUACUUUCUCUCGUUGAUGGCGCUUGGCGCGCCCCUGCUCGUGUUCCUCCGCGUUCGAGUGUAUAAAAUCAGAAGUGCACGUGUCUUGCGCCUAAGAAUUCAAUAACGCCGUUGAUGCCUUACUGAACAUCCACAGAUGCAUGUCGUCGGGUGAAAUUAGAUAGCUUCUUGUUCUUUUGAGGAAUGAAUCCUUUCUUUUGAGUGCUUUAAUUUCAUGAGCUUUUCUGUAAUGCUGUAAUAAUGGAUUGCGGUGGCUCAAACUGGUGCUUGCUCCUUUUGGGCUAGAGUCGUUUUGGGUACUCGACAGGAAAGAGAGCAGUCUACUGAAAUCAACUUGUUUUAGGUUGGAAGAACGAUAGUUGUUCUCGUAUUUGAAAUUUGUAUGCUUGUUCUAAAGGAUUGCUUGUUGAUUCCUUUUGAUUGUUCAAUUUUUAUUGGUGUUCAUGCACAGAAAGUUCAUCUUUCGAGAUUCUUUGAUAUGUUCGAUUGAAAUUUCUUUUGCCUCUUGUUUAGUAUAUGCAUGUGGCUUGUUUUGAUAAAAACUACUUUUAUAUGUGUGAUUGAGAACGAAAAAAUUAAGACCGCUCCUUUUGCGUCUUUCUUGGCAAACUGUAGGCUUCUGUUCAAUGCCCUCUUUCCUAAAGUUGUCCAAUUUCAUUAUCGAAAUCAAGAGGCUUGAAUUUCGUGGCAUUUAGACAGAUUAUGUUGUUCAGUAUAACGCUGGAGAAAUUUAUUGAUUAUUUUGAAGGCUCAAUUCCAUAAUUGAGAAUGCUUUACGUAUGUACUCCAUUCCCCAAUGUUACUUGAAAAUAGCUGGACCAAGUUAUUCUCAGGUUGGAAAACAUUGACCAUGCUGUUUGCACAUGAUCACUUCUCACUAAAAGGUAAACAAAUUGAAAUAGAAGGCAGGUUCUUAGGUGUUCAACUGUUAUGAAUCAGGUUUUGGAUGUCGUAUCAAGCUCAUAGAUGUUUUGGACUUUCUGUCACCAAGAUCCAUUGAAAAUUUGAUGCUUAAUGAGGCUUAAAGAAACCCUAUUCAGGGAUCCACUGGAGGGGUCAUUCUGAGGCUUAUCUAGGAACUUGUUUGAACUCUGAUCCAGUUUUGAAAGACUAUGAAAGUUGAAAUAGUUUGGUUAAAAAUAGUUGGGGUAGUAAAUCUGUGUGCAUAUGAAAUAUGAUUUACAAAUAUAAUUGUCUUGUGAAACUAGUGUUUCAUGAACUAGUACUUUUCUCUUGUACCUAAACCUUGUCGCAGAGAAAGUUUUCUCUUUAGUCAAAAAGCUAAUUCUGGUUGAACCUUAAGUACACACCUGUGAUUUUAUUAAUGUCUUUGAGUUUUCAAGUGCUUUAUUUGUAACCAACAUUCACCAACUAUUAGCCACAUAUAUGAGUAUUACUAUAAUUAAAUGCUACCAACAGUAAAUGAAUUGGUUGGUACAUCAUAUUUCACAUGCAUAAUUUUGCAUUUAUCAUGCAAACUUAUUAAGCCAUCUACUUCUGCUCAAUUAUUUAGACUUCUAGGGCUAUCUGAAUGAGAAAAUAUUUGUCGCAUGAAAGCUUUCAAAUAUUGAAGGUAUUACCUAUUAUGAAGUAUUUUCUCUAGUUACGGUACAAACUUUUCUUUGUUGCAUUAAUAAAUUAGCAUGAAAUAAAACUUGGGCUGAUGGAUGUGAAAAUUUGUUUUUUUUGUUUUUCAUAAUGAUUUGGAAACAAUUAUUUAUAUGAACCAACCAGAAGGACUUAAUGAAAAGGAUUGCAAGAACUAUAUCUGCAAAAGAAAAAGUCAUCAUAUAUAGCCUGGCAAUCUUGGAGGCAGUGGUAUAAAAGGUUGUAGACUUGCAUUGUUGAACAUGGCUAUUUAUGUAGGUAAUAUCUUUUUUUUUUGUGCUUAUUAUAAAUGUGUUAAUGACUACAUAAUUGUAUUAGCACUUUAUGUUGACGGAUUGAUUGUCAAGUUGUCAAUUCUACGUGAAUGAUCUUGGUGCUGCAAAGAAGGAAUUAAGAAAUGACCAAUAUGUAAGAAUGUGAAGAGAGAGGACUUCUAAAUUUUGAAAAGGUCUUUCUGCAGCAACAGUUUAUUAUUUAUUAUAUACAAUGGUGUACAUUGUCGUAAUCACAUAUUUAAUAAGUAAAAGUUGUAAAACAUUCCAUGAUUUUAAGCUUUAAUGAGAAAACUUGGCAUUUCUCAAAAAUAUAUAGUUAUCCGUCAUGAUAGUGGUAGUAAACAAAAAGUAUAGCAAUAGUUGAAGCUCUGAAAAAAGCUGGAUCUGGUUAGCAGAUUUAGUAAGUGAACCUCGCAUUUCUCAAGAUUGUGAAGUCAUAUAUUAUGGUAACAAGUAACAACAAUGGUAUGGAGUAGGAUCCAAUUAAGGCAUUGACAAAGCUGGGAAACUGUUAAUUUGUCUCAGUAGGCUCCCAUUUCUCAUUACAAGGAGUACCAUAAUAGAAGUUCAAAUACAUAACUAGGGAUUGUUGGGCAACUGGAAUUGACAUCGUAAUUGUGAAUUAUGAGUGUCAGGUAUGACUUACCAACCAAUUCAUUUAUCGAUGAUAAGUAAACAAAAAAGUUUGAAUUUAUUAUGGUAAAACAUACGUGUGUGGAUACUAGUUCGGAAAUCUUGUCAAUAACUAAGACUCUUGCAAUCUCAAAGAUAUCAAUGGAACCAGAGGAAUUAGUCUGCCUGCUGGUUAAGUGAGCAAAAGCUUCUUGAUCCCUUGGAGGAUAUAGGGCUUUGGCAGGGUGAGUUCAAAAUAUUUGAGCGAUGAGAGUUUAGGUGGAACUGAAGAUUAUCUAUGUCAACUGUCAAGUUCAUCCUAAUUAUUGAAUUCAAGUGCGAUUGUUCCUUCUGUACUGAUAAUGCCUUGGGACACCUGCACAAUUAUAUAUCAUUAUAAAAUCAUAUUGGUCCUCUUGUGAACAUAUGCUAUAAAAGCUUGUUAAUCAUGUGUAUAUGCUUUAAUUGUAUUAUUUUGCAUUUGCUUUGCUAUAAUUGUUAUAACCUUAUAUUCUUGUAAAAAGCUUAGUUAUGUAGCAUCAUAUUCACAAGGUGAUGUCUAAUUGCUUGUAGUAUUUCUCACGAUUUUUUUCUCUUUUAGCAUGUAAAUUAAUUUAGUAUACUAUAUCCUCUUCCAUUUAUUAUUUUUUGAUGCUUGGGAUUUGGAUUCAUAUACCUGAUUGUUAUAGGGUUAUGAGAGUUUCUGUAUAUCUUUUAUGGACUUCAUUUUGAUAAAGUUUUGGUAAAUCCUAUCAAAGUUUUUAUUGUAAAGGAAGGAAAAGGUCCCACUGGUUACUUUCUUCUUUUUAUUUAUAUCAUGCCAUCAAUCUGCUCUUGUCACCCAUGCAGAUGAAUCUGUACUUGUACUUGCCAUUUGAUUUCAGACUUGAGCAAGGCAUAAAAACAACAGAAGCAAGACUACUGCUGAAGUUCAUGUGACGUGUCUGUUGGAAUGGUUUGGAAAAUCAGGAGUGCUGCACAGGUUUCUUGUAUCUGGAACACCCUGAAUAGUAAGUCCUGAAAGGUCAUCUUCAAGACGCACAUGGAUUCUGAUGUUGAAGACAUCAGAAAUAAAGGUACCAUGGAAAGGAAACGGUGUUUGCCUCCAUGGAUGCUGGGGAUAACAGCUGCAGGCAAAGAAAAAACCUCUAUGAUAGCAGCUGGGGAUGACAUCAACGUAUCUGUUGGUGAUGAACAGCUCCAGCAAGUUGAGCAAUCUGAGCAUGUCUCAGGUGGCACAAAGAAAAAUCUGGUAUUACCUCCUGUCAAAGAUGCAAAUGGAAAUACAGUCAAAAGAAUAAGGAAAUCGAGCAAGAGAAUUAUUGAAAAUGAAAAUGUAGUUCAGCAACAUGAGGAUGUGCAUGAAAGAAAGAAGAAACGCGAGAGUGUGAUCACAGGAGAAGAGAACAAUGCUCAAAACUUGAAGAGGAGAUCGAAGACAUAUGGUUGUAGCGGCUUAGAUAGUUCUGCAAGGCUUCCUUCAUCUCAAAGUUGUAGCAGUGACGUAGAGUUGUCUUUGGAUGAUCUGGUGACCAUUGCUGAAGAGUAUGUCAGGGAGGAAGCUGAGAAGGAUGGUGAGAAAGAGGCAGGAAAUGGGCUUCCAUCCAAAAGUUCAUCAAGCCAAUUGAUCUCCAGACAUGUGACGAAAUCAGAGGCAGGUCACAUUGGCAUGGAUUUUAUUAAGAAAAGAAGCAUAGUGAAUGAUGGUCUGCCAAUAGAAAAUAUGCAAUGUACUGCUCCAGUAAUAACUGGCAACGCUGCUGAGGACAUGUUAAAUAUUUUCUUGGGUCCUGCAGUUUGGAAGCCUCGGGAGCACAAGAAGCUAGAACUUGCGGAGUACAUACUACAGAGCCAUAAGCUCAGCGAAAAUCUGAACAAGGGAACCGUUGAGGGUGAAGAGGCUCCUGUAAUGAAAAAGAAGGGCAGUCUUAAAGAAAAGAUAGCCAUGUUUCUGGAUUGAUGAUUGAUGUCUUGCACAAAAAAUGUCUAGAAAAUUUUCUGUACGGUGAUAGUUUGGUCUGUAACUAUGAUGCAUUAUGCAUGUGCUGACUAUAGUCAGUCAUAGUUUUGGAUGUUUCAAGAAAAUGUGCAAGUCGAGUGCUAGUUGUGAAGAGCCUGCCAGAUUUGCCAGUUAGUACUUAUUUUUGUAUUAAGAUCUGGUUGAGGCAGUCGCUUUUGUUUUUCCUUUUAUUGGCGGAGCAAUGAAUAUAUCAUAUUGUAUUAGAA